AUAAAUCAAUAUGGAUUCUUAAACAUCAUAAUGCACUCGAUCGUAUCUUGUUCUCAAAUUCUCAGCUUGAUAUUUGUCGAUAUCUAUAGUCAUGGAGUUCAUUUUUCAAAUUAUUUAUCUAUUGCUGAGCCCUGCCAUUUCUUUUGGAAACCAUGCAUUUGAAGUGUCUAUCCAGACAGACAAGUCUCUUCCAGUCAUCGGUGAAGACUUUACGAUGUUCUGUUGGUUCACACCAGAAUCAAGAAAUCGGCGAGUGGUCUGGACCAAGGGUGGCAAUGUCGAGGUGGCCUCUCAUUCAUGUUUACCGUAUAGGGAUUGCAUAUUGUCAACCUAUCUUGACCCAGAGAAGUUCAGCUUGUCGGCUGAUAAUUCGAGUGGAAAUUUAACCAUUAGGAAUCUUGAUGAAGAUGAUAGCGAUAAUUAUACUUGCUCAUUAAGCAGCACAUACGGAAAUGAGAAACCUGGAUCCGGGAGCAUACAUGUAACGCCAUUUUCACCAGCUCCACCCUUCAGGAUUCGUGUCAUAGACGAGAGAUCGAAUCGUCCUUACUUUCACAAUGCGACUAUAACCGUAACGGCUGGACAUCGCCUUAACAUCAUAUGUGAAGUAUACUGGGCAAGGCCUCCUGCAGUACUGCAGUGGCACAUACCCUACGGUGUAAUAUCUUUAUCUCGUCAUCAGUCUAAUGACAUACAAGACGACCUGUAUAUCUCCCAAAAAGCUGUAACAAUCAAAGCCUCUAGGAAUGACCGAGGAAGGAUACUUGAGUGCAUUGCAUCACAUCCACAACUUCAAAACAAUCUUCAACUAUCGGUUCAUCUGAAUGUUCACGUUCUACCAUCUAGUAUGCUGCUGUUGGUUCUUCACUCUGAAGGCCACCAAGAACAUGGAACUCCGUCGAGAAGUCUAUACAUUAAAGAAGACUCAAACACUUCUGUCACGUGUAAAGCGAUUGGGUCAUUCCCAGCUACUGAAUUAAAAUGGUAUUUUCCCAAUGGCAAUAUUAGCAUUCUUGACAACAAAAAGACUCGUAGUGUCAUUUCAGAUGAUAAUCUGGUCAAUACUGAGAGUUCCAUCACAAUACUUCUAGAGAUGAAGGAUCACGGACAGUACAUUCAAUGCAACGCAUAUAUGGAUGGCAACUUUGUUGAUCAAGCGCUAGCCAGAUUAAUGGUGUACGGCCCACUGGAUGAUAUUAAACUCAUGAUCCCAGAGGAUCUCAGAGACGGUAUAAAGAUCAACAUAACCUGCACAGCUCGCAAUGGGUACCCUGCUCCUCUCAUCCAUUGGUAUAUCGGAUCAAGAAACGUCACAGGCAAUUCAACCCUGAAGACAUCUAUCAACAGCGCUGAUCGAUAUGAUGCUGAAAGCACUCUGACCUUCGUACCAAAUAUGUUUGACAAUGGGAAACAUAUUCUAUGCCAGGCAGUUCAACCAACAUCACCCUUAAAUCUAUCGAUGAAUGGGAGCAUGAUCUUGAACGUGUCAUUUAUCCCAAAUCCACAGUCUUGGAUCAUCGUUGAAAAAAACGAGACGACAUCUUCAACUCUCUUCGUUGACAGCCAACCAGUAUUUAAAACCAAGUUAUGAUUUUUAAUCAUAGAAUAGAAUGACUACAUAAUUAUUACAGUACUGGCACUCAAAAGCAUUAUUGUGGCCCACCUGAUGUAAACAGUACAUGAUAAACAGUACGUAUGAGUACGGGGAUUUAAUUUCUAAAGCACUUAAUCAAUUUUGACAGUUUUUUUAACAGUUUGGCAUAAGCAAAGGCCUUACAGGUAAGAUAUACUGACAAGCAUCGGGACCUCGACAUUCCACAAGCAAUAGUCUUCAAGGUUGGGCAAUUUUGACCUUUUUGAAGCUCCAUCUGAUGCUAUAUUUACUUGUUAUGCAAGGAAGCAUAUUUUUUCAUAUUUGUCAAGUCAUUCACAAACCGUUUUUAAUGCAUUUAAUGUAUAAAAGACUGAUUACAGACCGCUUACCUUCUACGUUACUCUCUGGCGGGCCUGUCUUGUUUUCUCUGUAUGUGAUCGGAAUGAAAAAUAUUUUCGGCAUCACUCUGUUCAGUAUCAUGUUGAUUUAUGCGGAUAACACUCAGAUGUUUAUGUCUGUCACGUUGAAAAUGCAUUCCCUUUGAUUUAAAUGAGUAAAAUCUGAUAAUUACUUUUACAAAAAUGUAAGUUGAAUCAAUGACAGUGAGAACGCCAUUGAUGGUGAGGAGUUAUUCAGCUGUGCAAGACAUAACUGUCUUGGCCUAGCAUUGUGUAUUUUGAAUAGGAAAGCAUAGCAAUGCACCUAAUUGGGUUUUAUACAUGGUAUGUGGAUUGCUAUUGUACAGAGUGGACACACCUCAACUUGAACACCAUGAGGGAAAAAAAGUUGGUUGUGGCUGCUCUGAAAAUGCAGUUGAAGAUAAUUUGUUUUUGUUUUCUUGAGCUUGCUGAAAUUAUGCAAGAAUUACUUAUUUUUUCUGAUCCAAAGGCAGAAAUAUUUAACCUUUUACUUCAGUGUAAACUUGACAAUUUUUCAAGUCUGAGAAACUCAAGCCAUCGGUAAGCGAAUGAAACUUUUGUAAUUCAGUUUUAAUAAUUAAGGUAUUUUCGAAUGCUUUAAAGACAUGGCUGAAAUUGUGGUAAAUCAGGAUAUAUAUGUUAUAGGUUCACCAUGUCAUAUGUGAUUUUUCGGUGAAAUUAGAAUCCCAGAUUCUUGAUUUAUCAACCAUUGUCAUGAUUGCAAAUGGUGGUUCUAAAUAGAUAAUUGAUAACAAGCACGAGGUUGUGCAUUUCACACACAUAUGAUAAUACUUUUCCUGGUUUAUGAAAGCUGAAAGGAUUAUUCAUCAAGGUAAACAUAUGGAUUGUUCUAUAUGGUAAAUGGCAUGUGUUGAAUUGUUAUCAAUUUGAGUCUCCAUGUGACAAUGUAUUUCAAACCCGAUUCAGAUAGAGAUGCUGCCGCUAUCCGAAAUCUUGAGGGUCGGGUAAAUUGUGAUGCUUAAAUUUUCCGGCUCUCUGAAAUUCAAUUGUUAUAAAUGCGAGUUUAUGUUGGACGGUUCUAAAACCCAUAUGUAAAAAGUAGAAAUUAUUUCAUUGAUAUCAAAACUUUCUAUAGAUCAAGUGCAUUACAUAUCGUUUAAUAUGAUGGGUUAACGUUAACAAUAAUUAUUGGUGUUUCAUGUAUUGAACACUUGUAAAAGCCUCGGCGUAAUAAAAACAAAUAAA